GUGUGAAACAGAGUCAGAAAGAUGGUUGUUUUAUUCAGUCUGCUGAUGACGAUAAGAAGUUUAAGACAACUACAUCCGUGUCCCCUUUAGUUGGGUUAGAGAAGGAGAUAAAACAUCUAUUACCACACUUUAGGGAUAGUAGAGUAGCUAAAGAAAUGAUUCAUCGGAACAUAGAAUGGCAUCAUAAUACACCCUACGCGAGUCAUCGUGGAGUAUGGGAAAGAUUAAUAGGAAGCAUACGUGGAAUUUUGAGCGCAGUAUCUAGCGAGUAAACUAUGUCCUACGAGACACUCACCACCUAUUUGACUGAAGUAAAAAGAAUACUUAUUGAUAGACCACUCUUACAGACCCCGACCGUUGUUGCUACCUUGACGUGGUGGUCGGGCUUGCCUAUCGUGAUGAAGCAACCGAGCUAUACUGGCUGGAACAACCGUUCCUCAAGGUCCUACCAUGUCAGACAGGUCGGUUGAAGAGCGGUAAGACUAAAAGCAACAAACCCAAGGUCCGAAGGCGAAGUCGUACUGCUGACUGUACAGAGGUGUGACAGCAGUAAGGUGUUUCCUUCAGACAACCAGCAUGACAGCGAUGCUGCCUUCCCACAAGGAGGGGUGGGGUUAGAAAAGGUCGACCCUAAAAAUGCACACCUCGCCUUAUCCCACGGAUAUCCGUCUCCGGCGGUAAGGUCUCAAUAAGUACGGAGCUAACACAAAAAUUACCCAUAACAAGGUCGUGUGUGACCGACCUCAAGCAGUUGUCUUGGGCACUGCAGUCACUAAGACCACCUCUAAUCCAAUUUCCUUUUCAGGUACCUCCAGAACAACCCUUCCACGGUGUGGGCAACCGGGAAGUGAUAACCGCCCUCAUACUUCUAACAGCACUCAAGACCACUGUAUUCAUAAUCAACCUCCUCUUCAAUUCCUAUUAUUCCUCCUACAUCGACUUUCAACUCUAUAUUUCCUCUCUCGGCUUCCACCUCAAGUGUCACCGUAGCCAACGAUUCUAGUGCGCAAAACACUGUCCCAGGUCUACUGAAACCUCGCUCCAAACUACACAUUGGAGCCUUCAACGUACGCACCCUAUGUCAAAUCGGUCAGCAGGCUUCCUUGGCUAAAACCCUAGAGUCUCUUUCCAUUGAUGUAUGCUGUGUCUCCGAAACACGCAUACAGGAUUCCAGUGUGGUCAUUCACUUGACCUCACCUCGGCAAGACGGAGAGCCAACGAGAUACACCCUUCGUGUGUCUGGUGACCCGAUGGCAAGUUCUCGUGGACUGGCAGGUGUAGGCAUAGCACUAAGCAUGAGGGCCGAACAAGCACUGCUAGAGUGGAUCCCCGUCAACAGUCGUCUAUGUGCUGUUCGGCUGAACGGCUACGUAAGAACUCGGAAGGAUAGGGACACACGUCGUUGCCUUUUUGUCGUUUCUGCCUACGCUCCCACUGACUGCAGCUCAGAUGAAGUGAAAGAUGAAUUUUACAGAAAGCUGUCCGAACUUCUUCAGAAAGCUAAACGCUCAGACAUAGUACUCGUAGCGGGUGAUUUUAAUGCUCAGAUAGGCAGUUUAAACCAAACAGAAAGGCAUUUAGGUGGAUAUUUUAGUAUUCCGACACAGCGAACAGAUAAUGGUGAUCGUCUGCUGCAGCUAUGCUCAGACAAUCGUUUAUUUUUAGCAAACACAAAUUUUAAGCAUAAGGAGAGACAUCGUCUAACAUGGCGACCCCCUACACCAAACCAACGAUGGACUCAAAUAGACCAUAUUGCCAUCAGUCAUCGUUGGAGAGGGUCGGUAGAAGAUUGUCGCUCAUUCUGGAGUACCUGCUUGGACUCCGACCAUGCCCUAAUACGGGCACGCAUCUGCUUGCGCCUCACUGGACGCAAAAAAGCCACAUUAAAAAGACCCAUUAGAACUGAGUUGAGUAACGAGAAAACCAAAAGUAGGUUCCAGGAACAACUGAGGUCACACUUAGGUAGUUGUGAAGACGAGGCUGACCCAGAUGUUGCUUGGAAGGGCAUACAAUCAGCUGUGGAAACAGCAGUGACAUCUAUUAGUGACUUAAACCACAGAGUUACAAGGAACCAGUGGAUUUCUUCAAGGUCUGUCACACUGAUGGAUUCUCGCAAACUCGUCCCAUCAGGUUCUGAACAUGAUGAAGAGCGUAAACAAAUCAGAUCUAGGUUAAGAAAAAGUCUAAGGAACGACCGUGAGCAGUGGUGGGUAACGAAAGCAAAAGAGAUGGAAAAGGCGGCGACUAUAGGGAACACAAGACAGCUUUACAGACUAAUAAAAGAAACUGGAAUUAAUAAGUCAAGUGUAAGUGAGAUUAUUUCGGAAAAAGAUGAUACUCUCAUCUGCUCCCAGUCCAGACGUUUAGAACGAUGGGCGGAACAUUUUAGAGAACAGUUCAGCUGGCCUUCAGCUACUCUACAACUACCCUCCAUUCCCAGACAAAGUGAAUGGAACAUUGAAGUAGGUCCCCCAACUCUUGCUGAAGUUGAGAAGGCUAUAGUUAAUCUGAAACGAGGAAGGGCAGCUGGUCCAGAUGGAUUGGCUCCAGAGGUCUUUAAGGAUGGUGGUCCAAUUUUAGCGAUUAGGUUGACUAAUAUUUUAGCUAAGAUCUGGGAAUUAGACGUUAUCCCAUCUGACUGGUCGCAAUCACUUAUCGUCCCAAUAUAUAAGAAAGGGUCAAAAUCAUCCUGUGACAACCACAGAGGGAUUAGUUUAACAAACAUAGUAUCUAAAAUACUGGCCUCGAUAAUUAUCAAACGCCUAACUAAGACUCGUGAACUACAAACACGAGAGAACCAAGCUGGCUUUAGACCUGGUCGUGGCUGCAUCGACCACAUAUUCACCAUUCGUCAGGUUCUAGAACACAGGCAUACCUAUCGGCGUCCGACGAUGGUGGUCUUUCUUGACUUAAAAGCAGCAUUUGACUCUGUAGACCGCGAGACUCUGUGGCAGUGUCUGUCAUUGAAAGGCGUACCUCAGAAGUACAUAAACCUUGUGAAGGCUCUUUACUCGAACACUACUAGUCGAGUCAGGGCUUAUGGCGAACUGUCAUCUACUUUUGCAACCUCAAGUGGUGUCCGUCAAGGCUGCCCACUUUCUCCAUUUUUGUUUAACUUCAUCAUAGACCUAUUGAUGGAAAUAACACUCUCGUCGACUGAAUUCUCGGGUAUUGAUCUCCUUCCAGGAGGUCCACUUAUCGACUUAGAAUAUGCAGAUGACAUAGUCCUGUUUGGUGAAGACGCUGACAAAAUGCAGAGUCUUCUGGUAGCACUAAGCAACAAUGCCAGAAUGUUUGGGAUGCGCUUCUCUCCCUCUAAAUGCAAGUUGUUGCUUCAGGACUGGUCUGCGUCAACACCUGAACUAAGGAUAGGGAGUGAAGUAGUCGAACGAGUUGACAACUUCACUUAUCUUGGAAGUCUGAUCAGCCCUAAUGGGUUGGUGUCUGACGAAAUCUCAGCACGGAUUCGUAAAGCUCGUUUGGCUUUUGCCAACUUACGUCACCUUUGGCGGAGGCGAGAUAUCCGUCUAUCAAUAAAAGGACGAGUAUACUGCGCGGCUGUCCGUUCUGUUUUAAUUUACGGCAGCGAAACAUGGCCCUUAAGAGUAGAAGACACCCGUAAGCUACUAGUAUUUGACCACAGAUGCCUUAGAAAUAUUGCUGGCAUCUGCUGGGAUCACCGGGUAAGUAAUAGUGAGGUUAGACGCAGGGUAUUAGGGAAUGAUGGUAAAUCAGUUGAUGAGGUUAUGAAUCUUCAUCGACUGAGAUGGUUGGGCCACGUAUUACGUAUGCCUGAACACCGAUUACCGCGACGUGCAAUGCUAACCGGUGUAGGGGAUGGUUGGAAGAAAGUUAGGGGCGGCCAAACCAAAACGUGGCAUCAGUGCCUGAAGUCACUAACUUCUAGUCUGAGCCAUGUUGGUAGAUGCAGACUACUUGGUUGGGGUCCGCGUGACUUUCGUAACCAAUGGUUGGAGACCCUUGGUGACAUGGCUCAGAAUCGAUCACAAUGGCGUCGGUGUAUACACUCUCUGUCUUCUCUUAAACUAAGAGAUUAAGAUCACUUCACAUCUUUCUUUCUACGAACUAAUUCUUUCUUCCUAUACUAUAUCCUUAUUGCAAUCUUUCUCCUAUAUAUUACCACCUUUGACCUAACCACUCCUAUGAAUCCAGUGUUCAUCUUGCUGUGCUAAUGAGGUAUGGCAACCUGGGCCGAUGCAUACAUGUGCCUGGUCCUACGUUGUAGCUGACUGACUGACUGACUGAUGUGUAUUAGUAGUAUUACUAAAUUCUAUCACGGUCAAAUAAAAAUGAGGUUGAGAAAAUCUCCCCGUAACUAAAUAAACCGUAUCAAACUAACUGGAACACUAGUUGGAAUUCUUCUCCACGGUAAUACUUUUGUUCUUUCAGUUAGCCUACUAAUACAAAUGCAAUUGAAAAUCAACUCAUGGACAACUUAUUAGCAUGAACGUUAUUUGAUCUUAUAAUUUAAACCAAAACUAAUACCAAUAUCAACAUUUCUACAAUAUUAAUUGCUUUUAAUAUUUCGAAACACAAAAUACUUACUACCUAUACGUCAAGUUACUAACCAACGGCUAUUAACACGCAUCACUUUAUUAUUAUUAUUGUAAUCCCAUUUUUUAUAGCUCAAAUAAUCUUCACCCACAUUUUCAUUUUAAGCGUGUUAAGCAUGAAGGCAGAUAUUUUAAAAAUUAUUACAUGUAUUUCCCGACCAGAUGCUGCUGCAUUCUUUUUGAUUUACCUUUCAGCUUAUCAUUACCCCGGGGGAUUCCUCCUAGUCUUGGUAACCUUCGGCGCACGACAAUCCCAUCCAAUUCGGUAUCGAACCAACAUCACGUUGAUUCUGGUGGGAGAGUAGUGUAGUGGCAUUGGACAAUAACCGCACAAUCCACAAAGCUGAACGCGAGACUACUCAGAAAAUAGAUAUUCAAUAUUUAACGCGGAUAAAUACCUAACGAUGGAGAAGGCGCGAACAAUGAACUGAAUGGACUGGAGUUGAUCGGAUGGCAUGGCUCGGCCAUGCAGGCGUGGUCCAUCUGAAUGUUAUCUUAUAUCUUCUAUUCGUAUUAAAUAUAUUGUUCCUUCUCU